CAGCAGCGCCCGGCCCGGACCCCGAGCGCGCCCCAAAUGGUCGUUCAGCUCCGCACGGCGCCCCAGCAGCCCGGCGGGAUGUCCGAGGGGAGCCAGCCCAAAGUGGAAGCCAAUAUCCUGGUGCUGGGAGCGGAGAAAGUGGGGAAAUCCGCUCUGACAGUCCGAUUCCUCACCCGGAGGUUUAUUGGUGAAUACGGGGAUAUUGAAUCCAUUUACACGCACAACGUGAUGGUUGGAGGCAGAGACGUUUGCUUCAGCAUCUGGGACUCCACCUGCCCCCAGGCCGCCGAGCUCCAGGGCUGGGUGAGCGAGAAGCAGCUGCGCUGGGCGGACGGCUUCGUCGUGGUCUACAGCAUCUGCGACCGCUCCAGUUUCCACCUGGCCCGCCAGCAGCUCCAGCGCAUCCGGCAGCUGAAGAGACGGGGCAGUUCCGAGAAAGCGCCCAUCAUCCUGGUGGGCAACAAGCGGGACCUGCAGCACCGGCGGGCUGUCUCCAGCGAGGAAGGGCGGCUCCUGGCCCUCUCCACGAACUCAGGCUUCUUCGAGAUCUCGGCCGCCGAGACGUACCACGGCGCCCUGGUGGUCUUCCACGAGCUCCUCGACCUGGUGCGGGACUCCAGGAGCUCUGGCAAGAAGGCUGUGGGCAUCCGCAGCAUCGUCCGCAGCAUGUCAGCCGUCUUUGGGAGGAGGAGGACAGAAUGAGCGAGGAAGGGUCCCGUGAGGAUAGCUCAGAUCCUGGGGGCAACGGAGCGUAGCCGAAGCACGCGCCAGUGGCUUGGGUGUCACCAGUUCCUCAGCGUGGCAUGGAGCACCGGAUGAGCCCUUUGACGAGGGUACAUGGCGAGAGCCAUGGGGAAGCAGUUCUCUGUGUGUGCCCCCAGCCUUCUCUGGUGGGAGCUCUGACUGGGGUCUGUGAUAUAAUCGGGGUGGUAAUUACAUUCCGCCUCCCUACCUGUGCCCGCUGGCAGCUUCUGCUGGGCAUUCUCCACAUGCCCCUUCCUAAAAAUUGUGACCGAGUGGCUAUUAAAGAGCGGCUGCGCUCCGCCCCAGAUGUGGGUGUAUUUCGCGGGGAGGGUAAACGAGCUAUGUUUACAGUGAAUCAGGUUUGUCAAGUGGACUUUGGGUGCCCAAUUCUCCCCUGACACCUGUGCUUUGUGGAAGCAUUCACACCUGUGCCAAGUGAGCAUGUAACAUUAGCAACGCCGAAAGGCAGCAUUUUACGGGCACUUUGACUCCAGAGGGCCAAAAUCCCUGCUGGAGGAAAUUUGCACUGCUCCAUGGAACUGCACCAAAUUUGGAACACAAGGCACAAGGAAGCAGAGAAUCUGUCACCCAGAUCCCAUAUUUGGAUGAUAAGGUCAGUAUAUGGGACCUGAGCCUGAAUUCAGGCUGAACUCCCAUUGAAAGUCAGAUACCACAGUGAGGGGCAAUGUAUAAAACCUUUGCUUGAAGUUCAAGCAUUGGGCCCUCUUAACCAAAGGAAUGACUAUCUGCAGCAAUCUAAGAGCCAGAAGCACAAAGUUUACGUACUUUUAAGGGGCCCAUGUUUUAAAACUUGGCUCUAGUAAAGCCUCGGGUAGUAAAGAAAAGAUUAGAAUCUGGUGAUGAAAUAAUGGGGCUUACUGAAAUUUGAGUAGCUUGCGCCAGCCCCACUGGGUUGCAUUGUUUUUUCUGCUGGGUUUCCAAAUUACUUUUCCUGCUAGAAGUUAUCGGGCCAGGUUCUGAUCUCAGUUACGUUGGUCUGAACCCAGGGACUUUAACAGAGUCACUCUGGAUUUACACUUGCUGUACCUGAGAGCAGAAUCUAAUGCAUUGCGUGACUCGUCAGUUACAUCAGUGUAAAUCCACAGUCACUCCAUUAGUCAGUGGAGUGACUCUGAAUUUACAUCAGUGUAACUGACAGAGGAAAUCUGGGCCUUUUCCUGUGCCCUGUAAGCAACAACGGUGGCAUUUGUCACUGCAUGCAGCGAAGGCUAGUGACAAAAAGCUCAGGACUCCGGGGUUCAAUUCCUGGCUCUGCCACUGAUUUGCUGUGCGAUUUUGGGCAAAUCAUAUCCCCCCCCUGUGCCUCAGUUUCUCCAUCUGUAAGAUGGGGAUAAUAAUGCCUACCUCACUGUUUGUGUGGUGCGAGGCUUCAUUAGUUGCAAAGUGUUAAACUAUUAUUGAUUUUUUCCAAAGCCAAAUUCUCAACCUAGAAUAUUAGAAACAUAGAGCUGCUGAUAGAUAGGGCUUUCACUGUUUAAGGCAGGGUCAUUUUAAAUGCCACCUGUCCCAGGGUGAGUGGAAGAUGUUAUUGUCUCCAGCAGCUGGAAUACAAAUUCUCCUGACUAAAAUGUGAACUGUUGUAUAUUUGUGAAUAACAUAAAUAUUUAACUUAUUGGGAGCGUUCUUCAUCAGAGCAAAUGUUUACAUAUGGAAUUUUUUUUCCGGUUAAAAUAUUCUACUUGCACAUUAGAAAAAAUAAAUAAUUGUGGAAAAAAUGUUAUUUUUGGAUGGGCAAUAAAGGUUUGUAUGUUAUAAAA